GACAAUCAACCUACUCCUCGUAUGCCACUCAGGAACAUCGCUUCUUUUGCAAAUAGCUAUGGUCAAAAUUCUGAAUUUGGACCAUCUACUUCGUCUGCGACACCCUCUGAAACACCUGCAGCACGCCUCCGCGCCUUGCUAGCACGUUCAUCUGAUUCGCCCAAUGGAAAAUCCCCUCCUACAAGACCCGUCGCACAACUGUCAGAAGAUGGCGCUGGCUCUGUGUCCUCUCGUUUUACACCUGCCACUCCAAGUAUCACUCGGGACAGCCUGAAGGAUUUGUUCUCUCGUGCCAGACGUGAGCCUGGGGACACACCACAGAAAUCGAGACCACGCAGAAAUAGUUUUGACACCAGUGAGAUGGACAUUACCCCUGUUGUCGACCGUGAAAGGGAACAGCAUAAGGAUAAAAGAAAAAGUCUCAGUGAUGACGAGGUUGAUAAACCAAAAUCCAGCAAGGGAUCCGAAUCAUCAUUUCGGUCUCCUCAUGCAGCAACGUUUGAUACCCUUCGUGCACGUCUAAUGUCUUCUCACUCGCGGCUCCUCGAUCAAAAUUUACCUACAGCGGUGUAUGACGUUACUUCUCAACCUUCCGAAACAGGUUCAUUAUUCGCAGACGAACCUCGUUUGGAAGGACAUGCUAAUGUUAAUGUUAUUUCGACGACGACUUCGUUACGACCACUUGAUUCCAUUCAGUUAUCACCUUCAAGAAGUGCAAGUUCAUAUCAAAGAACCUUUCAAUUGCCCUCCCAGCUAGCGUCUCACUCUAAUCUCCUGGAUCAAGAUUCGGAUAUGCAACAUGUUAUGGGAGAUCUUGAUACAUCCGAAGAUUUACCAGCACCGAUACCUGGGCCAAGUACCAGUCACCCGUCAACCACUCUGUUACGGCCCCGUUCCUCUAUUUCAUUACGCGGAAGUUUGCGACAUCACGAUCAGUCUCGGCGUGCCAGUCUCGAAUUGCCAG